AUGAGCGGGACUCCCCCGCCGCCGCUGCCGUCGUUGGAAGAUCUCCUUACACUUUUGCGAACGGUCCAACAGGGACUGUACUGGCAAGUCGUUGCUACGUCAGUCCUGCUAUACGAUCACGUGACGACUUUUGACCUGGAGCGGAAGAAAAAGUGGACGCUUGGACAGUUCUUAUACGUUAUUAACCGCUACGCGGGCCACGCCCUCGCCUUACAUGGCACAAUUCAUCAAUUCUCCGCACGGCCGGGAGAUCCAUCGUUCGAGAGAAAUCCUGACGUCCCUGCUCAAGGCGUGAGUUUCUCUAUCCGACCCUGGGUCAAAAUUAACAUGUCACGCAAAUCGGGCAUUCAUGGACAAAUUCAAGCGUGGCUGAGUGUUAUAGGUUUAUGGACGAUGCAGUUCAUCCUUGCCAUCCGCAUAUGGUGCAUGUACGAACGAUCUAAAAGAAUAUUCUGUGUCCUUGGAAUCGCUUUCGUCAUACAUGUUGGUGGAAGCAGUCUUAUCGUCGGUUUAGACCCCGCAACAGGAGGAGUUAACUUCUCCAUCCCUGGGACGCAAUGGGCUAUCUGUAUCCCUAAAGGGUUCCCGAAGUUCCUCUGGCUGUUUUGGUGCUUGACAGCCGCGUUCGACUUUCUAAUUCUUGUGCUCGCAUUGUGGGAAGGCAUUCGGUUCGUCUGGCGCCAACCUAAACGGACGGCAAGGGAGACUGCUGCUUCCGAGUCUGGCAGUGCGAGCUUAGUGCUUGCGUUAGGCCCGCGUCCUAAUUUGCUUCGCGUUCUCUUGCGGGAUAGUAUGGUCUUGCCAUUUCUCAGUGUUGUCGUAUGCCCGCUCAAUUUGUUGGCACUGUUCGAUGUACUCCCGCCCGGAUCGAUCACCAUCAUCUUGAAAUUAUCCUCAAUAGCGCCCCCAUUGCUGGGCUGUCGACUGAUUCUGAACCUUCGUGAUGCAUACUACCACCCCUUUUCUGAAGAGUACCGUACAGCGGCGUUUGGCGACGACGCGUCUCGCGGGCGUGCCGUCGAGUUUUCCCCGGCAGAUUUAGAGCUACUUUCGGUUGCUAGUCUGGACCAUCCCCAGCGCAAGGCCUGA